AUGGGGAAAACGAAACGGCAGUAUCAGACACAUUCAGGAGGAGGGGCAAAACCUCAUUCUCAUCAUAAUAAACAUGACCGAAGACAACUACAUCAAAACAAAGUCGAAAGUACUGAAGCCGAAGGCUUCACUGAACGAAUGCCAGGUUCGGAAUUUGACGGGAUUCCAUUAUUUGGUGUCACCAAAUUAAAUCUGUCAGAGAAAAAAUUCCCAGUGCCUCUUGCAAUGUGGGAUCUUGAACAGUGUGACCCUAAAAAGUGCACAGGACGGAAGUUGAGCCGCAUGGGCUAUGUGAAAACACUUCGUUUGAAUCACAGGUUCAGUGGGCUGAUUCUGUCACCUAUGGGAGCAAAGUGUGUUGCUCCUGAGGACAAGUCAAUUAUUGAAAAACAUGGAAUGGCAGUUGUUGAUUGUAGCUGGGCCAAAUUACAAGAGACUCCAUUUUCUCGAAUGAAGGGUGACCAUGCUAGGUUGCUGCCAUAUCUCAUUGCUGCCAACCCUAUCAACUAUGGCCGUCCUUGCAAGCUGUCCUGUGUGGAAGCCUUUGCAGCAACAUUGUACAUCACAGGCUUUCCGGAACUAGCUGACAGACUUCUGUCAAAGUUCAAAUGGGGCAAAACCUUCUAUACGGUGAAUCAAGGUCUGCUGGAGGGUUAUGCAUCCUGUCAGACCAGUGUGGAAGUUGUUGCUGAACAGGAGAGGGUUUUGGCCAGUCUGAGGACCGACAGUCAACAAGAUAAACUCAAAGACUGGAGUGUUGUGGACUUAGAGCUGGAGCAUUUCAAUCCCAAUCGACCAAUGAACCUGUCUGAAUCAUCAAGUGAUGAAGAGGAAGAUGAUAGUGAACAUGAAGGUAACAACAAAUCGAGUACAGACAAAUGUGAAGGAGGAGAGGAUGACGAAAGUGAUGGAGACAGUGAGACUGAGGAUAAUGGUUGCUGUGAUCAAGCCAUAGAAGAGAAAGUUGUGAAAAAACACUCUGGUCGGGACUGUGAUGAAAGCCGUCCUGCGACAGUAACCCAAACCCAGCCAGUAGUUGCACAGGAAGCUAGUGUUCCUUGUAGUUCUGCAGUAAAUUUGUUAGCUGAGUCAUUGCAGACAGUAACAGUUAUCAGUGAAUCAUCCUAG